CUCAAUAUCGAGGACCAACCUUGGAGUUGACCUCAACUAACCUUUUGCUAAUUUCGUGGGCGUUGCUUUACACUUGAGUUUUCUUCUUCCUUGGUUCGACGUUACUUUCCAAAUCUUUACAACAUAUAUUCUCUUCCUUCCCCCCUUACUCCGUUGCUAUAGAAUUCGUAUACGUCAUGACCACUCGAAUUCUGAUCUUGGGAGCCACAGGUUAUAUGUAAACUUUCUCUCAUCCCAAUUUCUUCCUUCUAUGGAGACUGCUAAAUUCGUCAUCUAGUGGCGGCUCGAUUCUUACAGAAUUGAUAGGACAGAAUACAGGUGGAAAGAAAUACAUACUCUCAGCCCUUGUCCGCAAGCCUGAGCAAGCAUCAAUUCUUCAAAAAUCAGGUGUCAACGCGUCAGUUUUUCGAGAUCUCGAUGAUGUUGAGUCGAUCCGUAAAGCUGCGGGAGAAAAUGACCGUAAGAUCUGGCGUUCGUAUGAUUGAGAACAUCUUGCUCAUCCUUACAGUUAUCAUAGCAGCCGCAGAUGCAAGGCAUACAGAAAGUGCGAAAGCUUGUAUCACUGGCCUCGCCGAUCGUUCCAGGAGCACUGGACAGAAGACUAAUUAUAUUCAUGUAUGGCACUCUCUCACGUUCCUUUCUCGAGAUACAAAUAAUAACUUGAUAUGAAAAGACUGCUGGAACGAGCAUGGUAGCGGAUUGGCCCGUAUUGGGGGAGCGUAUCGAUACAUCUAUUCAUUCGGAUGUCGACGAGGAUAUAUUUCAAUCCGAAAAAGACAACCCAGAACCGUGGAGUGAUGUAAGAAAGGUCAACCAGGUUGUGGUCAAGCUAGGUGAAGAUUUUGGAGUCGAUAUUUACAUAGUUGCACCCCCUAUGAUAUGUAUGCUUGAUUGUCAUGUGCUCUGGGUCUCUCAAAUUCUUGCUGAUUGAACAUAGUUGGUUUCGGGACUGGCCUAUUUACUACUGGGUUUGGCCAAAUUCAUAUGCUUGCAGAAUUGUCCCUGGAACACAAGCAAGCAGUAAUUCUCGGAAACGGCUCUGGUGUCAGUAGUUCUGCUUCAAAGUACCACUUGUUAAUGAUGCUUACCAUUUAUAUAGAUAUGGAGUGUCAUCCACAUCAAGGAUCUCAGCAAGAUGUACUACCUUCUAGUUCAAGCUGUUAUUGAAGGAAAUUCGGAGCUUCUUAAAGGCAAGGAAGGCUACUAUUUUGCUGAGAAUGGAUCCCACAGUUGGAAGAGCAUUGCUGAAGAAAUUGGCAAGUUCGGGAAUGAAAAGGGGGUCUUCAAAACAGACAAAGUUAUUACUAUACACAUGCAUGAGGUUGCGGAUAAAUACUUUAAUCGGGAUAUACGACACGCUGAAUCGGUACUUGGAUCAAAGUUUGUUAUCUCAUCGAUUAAGGAUUUCAUCAUCCGUUGCUAAUACGGUUAAUAGUUCAAGAACGAAAGCAGAUCUUGCUCGUAAGGUUUUAGGAUGGGAACCUAAGUAUGGCGACGACGUCUUUUUCCAGAAAGUUCGAGAUGAUAUUGCUACGAUGAUUAAGAACCGCUCUUAAUUACAGUGAGUACCUUAUUAAAUAGAAACAUGAUCGAAAUUG